UCACCGAUUUCGCGCACUCACUCCACAGCCAAGAUCGACGCGCAUUUCUGAAGGAGUGUCUCGUCUUUGCAUGUUAUUCAUUGGGCUAAGAGAUAAAAUUCACAUCCAAAUUCAAGAUUUACAGUAAUGGACAGUUAUAAUAUCGCUUUAAUUGAUGCGUGCAUGGACAGAUCGGUCAAAUGCAAUAUUAAAGCGAAACCCGGCUGCUAUGGAGACUGAGCGCGCAUCCGUGUUUCUGCUGCCGGACCGAGCGAUGCUCUUCACCUUUCAGACGGUAAACAAGCACGGGUGUGCCUAAAUGUGUCUUUCUUAAGGCCAAAACGAAAUUUAAUGAAGGAUGGGGUACGCGGACCCGACGUCUAGUAGAGAUUUGUUGGGGAACAGAUCCCUUUGUUUUAUUUUCAUAUGUGCUUUUGGACUGGUCACCUUAUUGCAGCAAAUCCUCUAUGGCAAGAAUUACAUUAAAAGUGGGCAACAAUUUACCCGCCUCAAAGGAGAGGAGGUGGGCAACUGGAGCGGUCUCAUUAGUUACCCUGAUGAUGGAGGAAUGAAGCCGGCCAGAAAUGGAAGGAAAAGAUGUGUCCGUCAGAAUUUUCAACACUCAGAAGCUCAGAGCUCCGUAGUUAUCACGCCCUGCCUAGCUGACAUUGAGAAGAAAAAAAAAGAGCAGAGAAGGUAUCUGGAACAUUCCCAGGGUUCUUUGGAAUACAAUUCCACGGCAUGCAAGAGUCUACGACAGGAAAUCACAGAUGUAAAAGUACUGACCAUGGUGAAGACAUCUGAAUUGUUUGAGAGAUGGAGGAACCUUCAGGUGUGUAAAUGGGAGCAGAACAAGGAAGAGGUCGAUCAUUUCAAGAUGUCUCUGUCACGAUGCUGCAAUGCCCCCUCCUUCCUGUUUACCACAAAGAGAAAUACUCCCUCUGGCACAAAGCUACGAUAUGAGGUUGAUACAAGUGGAAUCUUGCACAUCAGCCCCGAGAUUUUUAAAAUGUUCCCUAAUGAUAUGCCCUACUCCAAAUCACAGUUCAAGAAAUGUGCUGUUAUUGGAAACGGAGGCAUCAUUAAAAACAGCAAGUGUGGACGAGAGAUAGACGCGGCUGACUUUGUCUUACGAUGUAAUAUUCCACCCAUCUCAGAUAUGUACAGUGAAGAUGUGGGAUCGAAGACUGAUCUUGUUACCAUAAACCCCAGCAUUAUAACUGAGAGGUUUCAAAAGCUGGAGAAAUGGAGAAAGCCAUUUUAUGAUGUUCUCCAGAAUUACCAGAACUCUUCUGCGGUUUUGCCCGCGUUUUACAACACAAGAAACACGGACGUGUCUUUCCGUGUCAAAUACAUGCUGGAUGACUUCGAGUCCACCCGUGGCGUGUUCUUCUUCCACCCACAGUAUCUCUUAAACGUGCAGCGUUUCUGGGCUGUGCAGGGCGUGCGGGCCAAACGCCUCAGCAGCGGUCUGAUGCUCGUUACCGCGGCGAUGGAGUUAUGCGAAGAGGUGCAUCUCUACGGCUUCUGGGCGUUUCCCAUGAACCCCUCUGGCAUCUUCAUAACGCACCAUUACUAUGACAAUGUCAAGCCCCGGCCCGGGUUCCACGCCAUGCCCUACGAGAUCUUCAACUUCAUGCACAUGCACGCUCGCGGAAUUGUGCACGUGCACACUAGCCCUUGUAGGUGAAAACGUUUGAUGUGUGAUCUGAUUGGUCUGUUUUGUAAACCUCCUGCUGUUUAGUGCCGCUAUGCAUCGCUGAGUUAAAGGCAAGACGUUUUACUACGUGUUUUUACGAUAUUGUGUCAGACAGACACCGGUACUCUAAUGUUUGCUGUUUGGUGAUUUUCUGUAGCGGUGUUGUAUUCGUGUCAUCAGCUUGAACAUGAGGUUGACCAUUUCAGUCGUCCAGUUAAAACAUUUAUGUAUAAAGGUAAAUGCUCGUACGUGUGUAUUACACAGGUUCUGAAAGAAUGUAAGAUUAUUUCAAAAGAAAGUUCAACUUGAUCACAUCAAACACAAUUGUAUAUGUUGAGGAAUGGUUGGUCUCUGUUUUACUCUCUCUCUCUCUCUCCUUCUCACACAUACAAUCUCAGAUUUUUAACAAGUUUCCUUUAUAUACAGUUCAUGUUUUCAGGUUGUUUGUAUAUGAAAUAACUGUGAUAACUGUGUGAUCUUAUCACUUUACAAAGACUUUACAUUGACUUUGCUAUUCUCACCGUUGGUUAUGUCUUAACUGCACUGAACUGGCACAGGAUUAUUGAUUUAUUUUAUGUUUAUGCUUUAAAAUUUAUCCAUGUCAGUUUAUUUAUUUAUAUUGAGCUUGACAUUUCUUUAAAGCUAAAUGGGCAAUGUUUUGGCAAUACAAAAAAAGUUAUUUGUCAAGCCAAUCGGUUUCUGAGCUUUUAUGACCACCAAAGCAUGGUAUUUUGUAUUUUAAAUAUAGUUUUAGUGUCACAGACACACAAAAUGCUACCCGUCUCUCUCUCUCUCUCUCUCUCUCUCUCUCUCACACACACACACACACACACACACACACACACAGAUAUCCAGUUCUGGUGUCAGGUGUUGAACCAGUGUUAAAUAAUUGAUGGGUUUCAGAGGUUAAUCAGUGUUAAUCAGAUGAACAUAGUUUGAUUUCUCUGGAGUUCCCCUUCUUCACACUUACACACACAGAGAAACAUAAAGGCUGUUUAUUAUCCAUAUUCAAUCAUAAAUGCUGAUUGAUAAAGUCAUGCUUUAUGGAUAAAUAUGUAUUUCUAAGACUUACUGAUCUACAUUUUCAUAUAAUUCUCUUAUACAAUCAGGAUCUAAAUAACAGAAUAAAAAAGUUUGGGAUCUUACAGUCAUUAUAUUGUUUAAGUGCUUCUUAUCAUUACCAAACUCUUUGGACAGAAUUGUAAUAAUGUCCAAUAAGUUAAAAUGAAAAUAAUCCUUUUUUAUUUUUACCUUUGUAAAUUUCGAC